UACUCCGCUAUGCAUCCAAUAUUUGCAUCGGAAAGGACUGUACUGUCCAAUAGGGUAUAAAACAAUAAUUAUUUUGUAGGUUUUUUCACCUUCGCUCCCAAAUUAAUCGAUCCCGUAUGUCGGUUACUGUGCAUUGCAUGCUCGUGUCGUAGCGCAGGAAAAAGGUUGUCGGUAAACAUGGCGCUGCCAUUGAGUAGCGUGAAAAUUGAAUGCACGUCAUUUGAUCUCGUUUCAAGCGACGAUUUACAGGAUUUCGUUGAUUUAGCAGACGCCUCUAAUACUAAGAAGCAGAUUAAAUACGCCCUGACUAGAUUGGAGAGUUAUGCAGUCUUCUCAGAAACAACACUUGAUGCAGUUUCAGCUUUAGCAAAGCGUGACCUGGACGAGUUUCUGUGCAGAUUCUACGCCAGCUUGAGAAAACACGAUGGAGAAUUGUACACCAAAUCAUCGAUGCAAGGAAUUCGAUACGGUCUUCAGAGACAUUUUCAAGCCCUCCGCAAGUGGAAUAUUUGCAACAUUGAAAGCUUUCCCCAGAGUAAUAUUUUUUUCAAGACCAUGCUUGUUAAGCUUGACCGUGAGGGGAAAGGAAAAAUUAAGCACAAGAGCCCAAUAUCGGCUGCUGAUAUGGACAGAAUACUGGCCUCCGAUGAUUUGGACACGAGUACUCCAACCGGAUUGCAAAACAAAGUGUUCAUUGAUAUCAUGAUGAACUUCUGCAAUCAAGGCCGUGAGCACAUGCGUGAAAUGAAGCCAAGUGAUUUCAUAAUUUCCAGAGAUGAAGAUGGCGUUCGUUAUGUAACAAAGCGUGAACACAAUGUGACCAGAAACAAUCAGGAAAAUGAUAAUGAAAUGUCCAGUGGUUUCAUGGAUGAGUUUCCAGGCAGUAACACAUGUCCAGUAUCAUCGUUUGAGAUGUAUCUGUCAAAGUUACACCCAAAGUGUCCUGAUACUUUGUGGCAAAGACCUCUACCAGUUAGACCCGAGAGUGGUCCCUGGUACUCCUGCGUCCCAGUUGGAAUUCACACUCUUGGCAACAAGAUCAAAACAAUAUCAACCAAAGCUGGCUGCAGUAGAGUCUACACUAAUCACUGCCUAGGCCUGAGAGCAACCAGCGUACUUGAUGGUACAGGAUUUGCAAACCGCAAUAUCAGGGCAAAAUGUGAUGACAGAAGAAGGCAAAUGAGUGCUGCACUUGCAUCUCAGACUUUAAACCGGCAGCAGGAAUCACCACAGCAAGAGGUCCCUUCUGAUGAUGACAUUUUGUGUCUACAACAACAUGAGGAUAGAACCAGUAACUUGGGUUUCCAACAACACGUUCACAUUGACCGACUCGUGACACCCUUUCCAAAGAAACGCUCCUCUUCAUCUUGUGAAUUAAUGGAACAGUCGAGACUUCACACUGCGAAAAAAUUCAGGACGGAAUCGGACACUUUUGGUGACCUGGAAGUGCCGACUGACAAGUACUAUGGUGCCAACACAGCACGCUCCUUCAAGAACUUUGAUAUUGGUGGUGAGCGAGAAAAAAUGCCAGUACCACUGAUUCGAGCGUUUGGUGUACUCAAGGGUGCUGCUGCCCAGGUAAAUAAAGAGUAUGGUCUCAGUCAAGAGAAGGCCGACUACAUUGUCAAGGCUGCUAAAGAGCUUGAGGAUGGGAAGUUGGAUGACCACUUCCCCCUGGUGAUCUGGCAAACUGGGUCGGGCACUCAGACUAACAUGAAUGUGAACGAAGUGUUGAGUAACCGCUCUAUUGAGAUGAUGGGAGGCGUGAUGGGCAGUAAAUCUCCGAUACACCCCAACGAUGAUGUCAAUAAGAGCCAAAGCUCCAAUGAUACAUUUCCCACUGCCAUGCAUAUAUCUGUUGCCAUGGAGAUUCACCGAUGCUUGUUACCAGGACUACAGCUUCUUCAUGAUGCCCUCUUAAGGAAAGAAGAGGAAUUUAAAGACAUUGUUAAGAUUGGAAGAACCCAUACUCAGGAUGCUACUCCAAUGACUCUUGGGCAAGAAUUUGGUGGAUAUCGGACUCAACUGGCUAAUGGGGUGGAAAGAGUCAGGGACACUCUGCCGAGGUUAUACCAGCUAGCUGCAGGUGGGACAGCCGUAGGAACUGGUCUAAAUACUCGUAUUGGUUUUGCAGAAAAAGUGGCCGCAACAAUCAAGAAGCAUACAGGUAUUCCCUUCGUGACCGCACCCAACAAGUUUGAAGCCCUCGCAGCACGAGAUGCCCUGGUGGAAGUACAUGGCGCCCUCAAUGUAGUGGCGUGCAGCAUCAUGAAGGUGGCUAACGACAUUCGAUUCCUUGGGUCAGGGCCGAGGUGUGGACUGGGUGAAAUCCGUCUUCCAGAGAAUGAGCCCGGUAGCAGUAUAAUGCCAGGUAAAGUAAACCCAACUCAGUGUGAGGCCAUCACCAUGGUUGCUGCUCAGGUCAUGGGGAAUCAGACGGCGGUUACCGUCGGUGGAAGCAAUGGUCAUUUUGAGCUCAACGUGUUUAUGCCGAUGAUCGUUUCCAACGUGCUACGCUCGGUCCGUCUUCUUGGUGAUGCCUGUACCUCUUUCAGUAUGAAAUGUGUUUCAGGAAUUGUGGCAAACACAGACACAAUAGGAAGAUAUCUGAAUGAGUCCUUGAUGUUGGUGACAUCAUUAAAUCAACAUAUAGGGUAUGAUAAAGCAGCAAAGAUUGCUAAAUACGCACACGCUAACAGCACAACGCUGAAAGAGGCAGCAUUGAAGCUUGGUUUCUUAACUGAAGAAGAAUUCACUCAGUGGGUGCGACCAGAACUAAUGCUCGGACCGAAAUAGUUUAGGGAAAUAGUUUAAUUCCAUUCAUCAUUGCUUUAAAAUGCGUAUGCCUUUUACCCUUUGCAUCAUCAUCACAUGAGGGUACUACAUGUACCCUUCAUGCUCACAAGGCUUGGAGUCAAACAGCCUGGUGUUUGAUUUCUUAGGACCGUUCCUGACUUAAGGAUUUUCUCAAGAUUUCAUGUGCCCUUCGACUAUUCUGGAAUGAAGCAGUCCCCAAAGAAAGACAGAAAUAGUCUGCAUUGUAUCCAAACCAUAGUUUUGGUUUCCAAUGUAAUUUGUAAUUAGUUGUAACAUCUGAGAUGCUUUGGAUCUAGAAUAAGAAGAACCCAGGGCUGCAAACCAUUUUCAAAGAAUUUAAGUAUUAGGCAAAUCUCAUGUGGUAGACAUGUAAAUACCACAUCGCCUAAAGUGUGCACUACACAUUUUUAUUAAGAAACCGGGACAUUGACUCCCAAAAUGGCGCAACCAAGAUUGUUGUGAUGAUGUUGUCAGGUGAAUUGGGUGAAAAGGCUGUGAAUAAGUCCUGUGCAUUCUCAACUAUUUUGGGGACUCUUGUGUCCUCACAAUAAAGGAAUUACACAGGAUUGGUAGAAUAAAAAACAUCAUUGUUUAAUUUUGAACAUUGUGUGCGACUAUUUGUCAGCUCUACCAAUCAUGUAUAACACCUUUAACACCCCCAUUGUGCAUAGAUUACAGAACCCAUUUGAUGAUCCAAAAAUAAAUUGGGUUCCCGCCGUCUCUGUUUUUCUUGAUAGUAACUGCAAGUGAAAAAUAGUGUCUCGCUUUUUGGCCAAAGUUACAAGAAAAUGGUUCCAGUUGAUGGUUUCAAAGACUGUCUCGAAAUACCUCAUGGAUCUGAUGUGAUGGAAUGGUUGGACUUUACAGGGAGUUGUUAUAAAUAUAGUUAGUGCAAAUAUUUGCUUACUGGUAAAUAGAAUUGUAAUUUUUGGGGCCUAGGUGAAGGAGUGCACUUCUGAAAUUUUACUUGUUGUUUAAAAGGUCAUGGUCAAUGGCAAACCACCAUAUUUUGUUUUACCUUCGCGUUCUUAAAGUAUACGAAUUUACCCAUGGGCCCUAUUUCAUAGAGCUGCCUCAUAGAUACCAGAAUAAGAGUAUGUACCAUCCAAAUACAUGUCACCUUUGACUGGUAUCCUGCUCAUUAAUGCUUAGCAGAAAAUAGCCAAGCUAUAUUUUUCGAUUGAAGCAGCUCGAUGAAAUUUGACCCAGGUCUUAAUGCUAUAAGCUAUUUCGGAAUAUCUCGCAUUGGUUUUGUUUGUUUUUAUGUGAAACAUAAGUAGGCAAUAAAAAUGACUUUAAAUUACUGCCAA